AAAAAUAAAAAAAAUAAUAAAAUAAAUUUGAAAAAAUCGCAUAGCGAAAGCAACUAAGCAGCGAAAAGGAAAGACUUAAGCGCCGAACGCGAUGGCCACACAAGCGCACACGAAACAAAUGACGGCGACAAGGAGCCAGCUGUUCACGGCCUUGCUAAUUUUCGCCAGCCUGCUUGUUAGCCAGGUUACUACACAAGAACUUUCGCCACCAAAUGAAUUUGCUCCCCACGUAACGGCGACAUGCAAAUCCGGCACAAUGAAUAUCAAAGUGAAAUUCAAUGGUCCCUACACGGGUGCAGUGCAUGCGCGCGAUCAUCGAAAUGCUGCCUGCAUGGCCAUGGGCGACGGCUCGGAUGCGGUAGGCUUCAGCAUAAAUCUGUUGGCGAAACAGGGUGCGCCCGAUUACUGUGGCGUGCUGGUCAGCAACGUGAGUGGUACCAACCGUACUGAGGAGCGUUCGAUACAGUUGGCGGUGCGCGUGCAUAAAACACUGGAAUUGGCGGAUGAUAAAUUUUAUGUAAUCACUUGUGGCAAAUCCGGUUUUGGACGCGAUGACAACGCGCAUGUCAUCUUGAAGUUCUUGGAGAAUGAUCGUCGUGUACGUGAAACGGUUUAUGGCCAUGAGUACAAAAUACGCGCAGAAUUAACGAAGCCAAAUGGUACCUAUGGCAUACGUGUGGCGAACUGCUUCGCUUUCGACAAGAAGAACAUCAGCAUUCCGCUCAUUGACGACAGAGGCUGCCCCGUGGAUGCUGAUAUAAUUUCGCGUUUUGUUCCAAACCCUGAUGGCCACAGCGCUGAAGCGACACUCAAAUCGAUGUUCAAGUUUCCAGAAGGGUCUGAAGUGCAUCUACAAUGCGAUGUGAUUCAAUGCUAUGGUCGUUGCAUGGAUGAUGAGGACUGCAAACAGAUCGCUUUGGCCGGUGCUGGUGGCGUAAGCAAAGGUGGCAAUCGUAAAUUGGGUCCAAAUGAGGAGGGUUCCAGUUUGGCGGGCACCACUGUAUUUGUGCUCGAUCCAGCAAAGGCGCCAUUGAUCAGUGGUGACUGCGAGGAUGGCAUUCGCCCACCAUGGCUACUGUGGUUGGCCAUCACACUCGGCGUACUCUUCCUCAUCAUGUUGCUGAUGAACAUUUUCCUCUGCACAGCGAUGAGUUGCAGUUGUGCGAAUACCGAGAUCAUCGAAAAAGAACCAUCCAUCAUUGAAGAAUACGAUCCGUACCGAAGUUGGCAUGGUAGUCAGUAUGGGUCGCGUUACUCACUGCAUGGGCGUGACGCGCAUAAAGGCUACACAAGCGGUGGCUCAACAAUACACUCGAAUAGGUCGAUUCCCAUUGAUAAUGACAAUUAUGCGAUUGUACAUUCACGUCCCGGCUCUAGGCAAACCGGACAUGCGCAAGGACACCGCUCCCGCGGACCGCCCAGUAAUAUGUAACACAAAUAUUGAAUACGAUAAUGCUAACUCUUAACGUUAAGUAAAAUAUUAAGUUUUUUUUUUUUGAAUAAAAAAAAUAAUAACAAAUUAAUAUGAAAUUAAUUAAAAAAUAUAUAAAAUUGUAUAUAAAAUAUGCAGCCGCAGCGCUUUUACCGCAAACUGUUCUUACUCACGCACUUUGGCCCGCACUGCUUUCCACAACUAACGAAAACAUUCAAGCCUCGAUGAGCUGCUAUGUUCUAAAGGCGCUGAGUGUGUGCUGUUAACGAAAUCCUAUCACAAUUGAAUUUUUUUAAAGAGAAUUA